UUAGUUGUUUUAUAUUCCUUUGGAGGAAAUAUUUAAUAAAGCUAGAUCAAGAUACAAAAACUUACACACAGAUAUUGUUCACUCUGACAGGAUCAGACUAAUAACUGAUCAGAUUACUGUGAAAUAAUUAUUGAACGUCUUAAAUUUUACAUGUAAUCAGAUGUAACGUUUCACGCUCUUAUUGUGAAGGCUGCACCCACAACAUCCGGGCGCGUGCCCGUCGCUGCUCGGUAACUUUCCACCGUAAACAACCGUUGGAGACACGCUGUUACUGCUCUAACGAUGUUUACCGGACAGACACGUUAGCCCCGCACGGACCGGGCAGUACUCACCGCACACAGAUCCGCAGCGCCCCGCACAGACCAGCAGCACGCGGACCGGAGCACGCGCAGCCGUUUGCCUGAUUAGCCGCUAGCUUGCUAACUAGCAGAGCGCGCGCCCCGGCUGGAUCCUCACGAGCCUGAACGGUAAGAAGCUCCGGUGGAAUAAAACGCCAUUUUCUGUCUUCACGCGCUCACCGGACACACAGAACACCGGCAGCACCGGAGCAGCGUGAGGAAGAGCUCACUGAGCGCGCGCCUGCAGAAACAAGAUGUCUCUGGUGGACCUGGGGAAGCGUCUGCUGGAGGCGGCUCGUAAAGGACAAGACGAUGAAGUCAGAAACCUGAUGGCCAACGGAGCGCCCUUCACCACCGACUGGCUGGGCACGUCUCCGCUCCACCUGGCUGCUCAGCAUGGUCAUUACUCCACAGCUGACGUGUUGCUGCGAGCCGGCGUCAGCAGAGACGCUCGGACCAAGGUGGACCGCACGCCGCUGCACAUGGCGGCCGCCGAGGGCCACGCCAUCAUCGUAGAGCUGCUGGUCCGGAGCGGCGCCGACAUCAACGCCAAAGACAUGCUGAAGAUGACGGCGCUGCACUGGGCGGCGCAGCACGGUCACCACGGCGUCGCCGAGACGCUCAUCAAACACGGAGCCGACGUUCACUCGCUCAGCAAGUUCGACAAAACGCCGUUCGACAUCGCCGUGGACAUCCAGAACACGGAGCUGAUGCUGCUGCUGCAGGAGGGCAUGCAGAACCAGGUGAACAUGAACCAGGUCAACAUGAACCAGGUGAACAUGAACCAGGUGAGUAUGAACGUGGAGUCCAGCAGCACCACCAACCAGCCACAGUUCAUCAUCCAGGGGAUUCCUGCCAUCCAGGGGGGAGUGGUGAACCUGGCGGAGCUGCUCAACAAGGCCAACGCAGGUGACUCGGAGGAAGCGAUGGCCGCCAACGCUCUGGACUCCAACAUCCAGCACGCUGCCGUCGUCAACGAGGGGGGUCAGAGGGUCAUCACCAUAGUAACGGACCAACACGGCAACCUGCAGACCACCGGAGGGAUGUCACAACCGUUCUUUGUCACCAUGCAGCACGGACAGCAGAUGCUAGCGGUGCCGGCUAACACCGUGACAGAGGAAGUGGUCACAGAGGAGCCUCAGCCGCCUCCGUCCAGGAAGAGGAAGUUGGAGAUGAACAAUCACAACGAGUCAGGAGAGACGGAGCUGUUGCAGAGGCAGCUGCUGGAGGCCAACAGGAAGGCUCAGGAGUAUCGGCAGCAGCUGCUGAGGAAGGAACAGGAAGCGGAGGAGUAUCGCAUCAAGCUGGAGGCCAUGUCACAGAACCAGGCCAACAACGCCGCCGCCAACGCCGCCAUGACGGCCGUCAGCCCAGAGGAGGUGGUGGGCGGGGAGGAGGACGAGGAGGAGGGAGGGGGCGUGGUGGAGGAGGAGGGGGAGAUGGUGGUGCUGCAGGAGGGGGGCAUCAUCAUGGAGGGGGAGGAGGGGCAGGUAACGCUGGUGGAGACGGGAGGAGAGACGACGGAGGUGAGCUCCUAA